AAAGUGACUCUCUUCACUCUUUUUCUGGGUUGAUAGAUGUAUUGUUUUACUGUGUUUAAUUUUAAUUAAACAUCAACUAUGCAUCUAAUUGAAUCAAUUAAGCACUACAUCAACUUGAUGGUGCAAGAAACUGGAGUUGGUAUGAAAUGUCUUCUCAUGGACAAAGAAACAACUUCCAUUGUGAGUAUGGCUUACAGUCAAACUGAAAUGUUGGAUAAAGAAGUUUAUCUGUUUGAACGGAUUGAUCGAAUCAGCUCAUGUGAUCAUAUGAAAUACCUUAAAUGUAUAGUCUUCCUUAGGCCAACCAAAGAAAAUAUCGAUCUUCUCAUACAAGAAUUGCGGAACCCAAAGUUUGGACAGUAUCACAUAUAUUUUAGUAACAUAAUUUCUAAUUCCGAUAUCAUGACUUUAGCUGAGUCUGAUGAACAUGAAUCAGUUCGUGAUGUACAAGAAUUUUAUUCUGAUUUCAUUGCUGUCAGUCCUACUUUAUUCAGUGUUAAUGUGACUAAUGGAAGUUUCAGGGGAAACAAGUGGAACCCAUCAGCUUUGCAGAGAUCAUUAGAUGGGAUAAUAGGUGUUUUAUUAUCAUUGCAAAAAUAUCCGAAUAUUAGAUAUCAAGCAUCAUCAGAUGCGUGUCGGAAACUUGCUGAUGAAGUUAAUCAUUUAAUCAAUAAAGAACAUUCAUUAUUCGCUAAUUGUUCUCAAAAUUGGCCCAAUGAUUCUCCUGCACCACUUUUGUUAGUUCUCGAUCGUAAGAUCGACGCUUUUACUCCAUUAUUGAAUCAGUGGACCUACCAAGCAAUGCUUCAUGAACUGCUGACAAUAAACAACAACCGUAUCAAUCUUUCCAAUAUUCAAGGCAUUAGUAAAGAUAUGCGAGAGGUAGUUGUUUCAGCUGAACAAGAUGACUUUUAUUCCAAAAACAUGUACAAAAAUUUUGGUGAAAUUGGUAUAAAUAUAAAAAUUUUAAUGGAAGAUUUCCAAGAUAAAACAAAAAGCCAAAAAAAGGUCGAAACCAUAUCCGAUAUGAAAGAUUUUAUUGAACAAUAUCCACAGUUCAAGAAAAUGUCUGGUACAGUCUCAAAACAUGUUCUUCUCAUAAGUGAACUAUCCCGAUUAGUUGCGGCACAUAACUUAAUGGAUGUUUCGGAAGCUGAACAAGAAAUGGCAUGCCAAUCUGAACAUUCCAAAUCUUUAAAAAAAGUUCGUCAACUUUUGGAAGACAGCAGAGUACAGAAUAUUGAUAAGCUUCGUUUGGUCAUGUUAUAUGCUCUUCGAUUCGAGAAUAAUUCCAACCAAGAAAUAGCUGAGUUAAAAAAAAUACUUAAAUCAAAAGGCAUACCAGAAGAACAGAUUAAGUCUAUUCAAAGUUUACUUAACUACGCUGGCUUCAAAAGUCAGAAUCAAACUCAAACAGAUCUACUUUCAACUGUAAAUGAAGUAUUCAAAAAACGUAUAAUCAAAGGUUUAAAAGGUAUCGAAAAUAUUUAUACUCAACAUACACCAAUAUUGCGGGAAAUUAUUGAAGAUUUAGCACGUGGUAGACUUAAAGUCAACAAUUUUCCCUAUCUAACUGAAGAUCGAUCGCAAGGAACCGAGAAACCUACUGAUAUUAUUAUCUUCAUGGUUGGUGGUACAACUUAUGAAGAAGCUUUGCAUGUUGACGCACUUAAUCGGUCACUUCCAGGAGUUCGAAUUAUUCUUGGAAGUACAUGUAUACAUAACUUAGCAUCCUUCUUAGAUGAACUUAGCUACACAAGCUCAAGGACUGGCUUUUGAGCUCUUUUUUCAUCAUCUAUUUAUUGUAUCAACUAUCUUUUAAAGCGAAUAUUGUGGUUAAAUAACAUUGUUCAAUCAUCUCGUUGAUUCUAAGUCAUUAUGAAGUGAAGAAGAUUGGUGUCUUUUCUCAAUGGACCUUUAAUUAAAUUUUUGGCUCUUCGUUUUGUGA